GGGCGGAUGUUGAGUGUGUGCUUGUUGAGCAGCAUUAGCAUUAGCUCGAUCUAAGCUAACUGUUAUCUAAUAGAGUUAAACUAGUGUAACGUCAGUAAACAUGGCUCCUGUGUGUGACUGCUGCUGCGAGAACAUCCAGAAACUGAAGCUGCAGGUUUCUGUGAUGAGGAAGGAGACGAGGAACCUGAGGCAGAUGUUGGACAACGCUACACGAGCCCAUCGCAAACAGCUGAAUUCCGUUUAUUCUGCAGUGGCCAAGGGGGGACUCGGUGCAGCAGGGAAAGAGCUGACACCACCUCCACCAGCAGCUCCAGCUCCACCUGCAGCUCCAUCUCCUGCUUUAGAACAAGGAUACAUCCAGACGGCCCCGAUCGGUUACAUCAGCUCCUGUUUCUCGGUGAAGAACGGGACCCCCAGACAGCCCACCAUCUGUGGCCCCUCGCGCGCUGAGCUGCGCAUCCAGCCGAGUGUUUUCAACAACCCGGAGCACGCCCUGAUCGGCCUGGAGCAGUACUCCCAUGUCUGGAUCAUUUUUCUCUUUCACAAAAAUGGCCACCUGAGUAACAAAGCCAAAGUGAAGCCUCCCAGACUGAACGGUCGGAGAGUGGGGGUGUACUCCACCCGCAGCCCUCAUCGCCCCAACGCCUUGGGUCUGACUCUGGCCACACUCGAUAAAAUUGUAGGUGACACAAUACAUCUGUCAGACAUCGACAUGAUUGCAGGCACCCCGGUCCUGGACAUCAAACCUUACAUCCCAGCGUACGACUCCCCACAGACCAGGACUCACAAGGAGCCUUAUGAUGUGAACACACACCAAUCAGAUGCCUCCAGUGAGGAGGAGUCCAACAUCUCUAACCUCCCUAACACCCCACAUACCGACACUCAGUCAGAACAGAGAGGUGAAAGAACCGAUUGUGACGUGGCGCAGCAAGUCUCAGAAGACAAACGUGAAGCUGAUGUUCCUUUAACAGAUUCAUCUGGAGUCAGCUCUCAGUCAUCUCUGCACCGAGUGCUGGAGGAGGUCAAGGCCUUUGUGAUCCAAGAUGAUUUCUGCCAAAGUGAGGAGCAAGUGUCAGACUCUCCAGUAAAAAAGUCCUCAGAGUCGACAGUUGAGCGUCCUUGCUACGGAGAGGAGGUCCUCAGCACCAUCGCUGAUUGGAUCAGAUCGCCUCCUGUUGCCAGUCUGGAGGUACGCUUCACUCCUCGUGCCGAGAGGGAGCUCGCUGAAUUCCUUACCUCUGAUGUGUCAGGACCUGAUGAUGGUUCCAGACCCAGGUUCAAGUUCCUUCACAGUGUAGAGGAGGCCGCUGCCGCCAUCAGAGGAGUGCUGUCAGCGGACCCGCGGUCAAUCUACAUGCGGAACCGCUGCAGGGACCGGCUCUUCUUUUUCGCCCUGGACACGGCUGACAUCACCUGCUGGUUUGGUCGAGGGUUUGCUGAGGUGCUGCAGGUCCGAUAUGUUGAGCACCAGAAUGCCACCACGUCAGAAACCCAGUGAAAACGCUAGAGCUGGAUAGAGUCUUUUCAAGGAGGAACAAGCUUCUAAAAUGUUUCUCGACUGAUGAAUAGAUAUUUCUGUUGUGUGAUUAGAGAUGUAUUACAAUCGGACAGAUGAAGGACAAUGAAGGUUCAUCGUAUCUGUUAUAGGUAGAUUAUAGAUUAUUUUAAAGGUUUUAAUGUACAAUUUCCUUUUUAUUACUUUUUCUGCCCCGUGUGAUUA